AUGGCCAACAACAUCAAGCCAAUACACAAAAGCAAGCACUUCCCGAUCGACCAGUUAGUAUGUGUUGGCAAUUACGAGCUGGAAAAGACGAUUGGGACAGGAAAUUUCGCUGUGGUAAAACUAGCCACACAUGUAAUAACGAAGACCAAGGUUGCCAUCAAAAUAAUAGACAAAGCGCGUCUAGACGAGGAUAAUUUAAAGAAGACGUUUCGUGAGAUAGCCAUUAUGAAGAAAUUGCGGCACCCCCACAUAGUCCGGUUAUAUCAGGUGAUGGAGAGUGCACACACAAUAUACCUAGUCACAGAGUACGCUCCUAACGGAGAAAUAUUUGACCACUUGGUGUCCAAAGGCCGCAUGCCGGAGGCUGAGGCGGCACGCGCGUUUGCACAGAUGGUCGCCGCGGUGGGAUACUGCCACUCGCGAGGCGUCGUGCACAGGGACCUCAAGGCCGAGAACCUACUGCUGGACCGUGACAUGAACAUCAAGCUGGCAGACUUCGGGUUCAGCAACGAGUACAGUGCAGGUGCUCCGCUAGCUACUUGGUGUGGUAGUCCGCCUUAUGCUGCACCAGAACUGUUCGAGGGCCGUCAGUACGACGGGCCCAAGGCCGACAUAUGGUCGCUGGGUGUAGUGCUGUACGUGCUGGUGUGUGGUGCACUGCCGUUUGACGGCGGCACGCUGCACGAGCUACGCAGUGUCGUGCUCAGCGGAAAGUUCCGGAUACCAUACUUCAUGUCGCAAGAGUGCGAGCACCUGAUCCGGCACAUGCUGGUGGUGGAGCCUGAGAAGCGGCUUUCGCUGCGAGGAGUCGCGCGUCACCGGUGGCUCGCUGCCCACCAGCCCGGCCCCGGCCCCGGUGCCGACGCGUCAGAAGGCGUGUGCACGUGUCACGUGCGGGAACGCAGAUCUGCGAGUGGUGCGGAUGCUGCAGCUCCAGCAGCUCCCGGUGCAGAGCUGCAGCCGCUGCAGGCCACCGUGCUGGCGCACAUGCUGGCGCUGCCCGGCCUCACGAGAGACCUCGUUUUGCAGUGUGUGCAAGAGGAGCGUUUCGAUCACAUAUCAGCCAUAUAUCACCUGCUCAUGGACAAGUUGGAGCAGCGUUCGACCGCAAGGAACAGUCUGCAACAUCGCGAUUCCCUGGACUCAAAUACAAGUCAACCGUUGGAUCUCACUAGCUGUAAGAAUACUGAAGAGGAGCAAAUGGAGGCAGAGGAAUCGAGUUCUCAGGAAUGUCUUGUGUCCAUACCUUGUGAGUCCGUCGACUACCUAAUGGACAGAGAUGAUAAUUUAGAAAAGUUCGGGGAGCGUGGCGUGCCCGUGGCUGAGGAGAGGCGCGUUGCGCCGCCGCCCGCCGCGCGCCGCCACACCGUCGGGCCCGGCGUCGGGAGUGGGGGCAGCGGGGGGCGAUGGAGGGGGCGUGUGCAGCGCGCGUGUCGCUCCUGCCGCACACCAACCUGGCGGCGAAGCUGCCCGCCGUGCAGCACCAGCCGCCGCGCUACUUCAGCGUCAAAGACCAGCACCUGCUCAAGCCGCCGCAUGCCAUGCAGACCCACGGUACCUCACAACACAUCACAAACCAUAACACCACCUGACGGCCAAGUUGCCCGCCGUGCAGCACCAGCCGCCGCGCUACUUAAGCGUCAAAAACCAGCACCUACUCAAGCCGCCGCACGCCAUGCAGACGCACGGUACCUCGCAACACAUCACACACAACACAACACCACCUGGCGGCCAAACCGCCCGCCGUGCAGCACCAGUUGCCGUGUUACUUCAGAGUCAAAGACCAGCACCUGCUCAAGCCGCCGCACGCAAUGCAGACGCACGGUACCUCUCAACACAUCACACACAACACAACACCACCUGGCGGCCAAGCUGCCCGCCGUGCAGCACCAGCGGUCGCACUACUUCAGCGUCAACGACCAGCAGCUGCUCAAGCCGCCGCACGCCUUGCUGACGCACGGUACCUCGCAACACAUCACAUACAACGCAACACUACCUGGCGGCCAAGCUGCCCGCCGUGCAGCACCAGCUGUCGUACUACUUCAGCGUCAAGGACCAGCACCUGCUCAAGCAGCCGCACGCCAUGCAGACGUACGGUACCUCGCAACACAUCACACACAACACAACACCACCUGGCGACCAAGCCGCCCGCCGUGCAGCACCAGCCGCCGCGCUAUUUCAGCGUCAAGGACCAGCACCUGCUCAAGCGGCCGCACGCCAUGCAGAUGCACGGUACCUCGCAACACAUCACACACAACACAACACAACCUGGCGGCCAAGCCGCCCGCCGUGCAGCACCAGCCGACGCGCUACUUCAGCGUCAAGGACCAGCACCUGCUCAAGCGGCCGCACGCCAUGCAGAUGCACGGUACCUCGCAACACAUCACACACAACACAAUACUACCUGGCGGCCAAGCUGCCCGCCGCGCAUUACCAGUCGUUGCUGCCGCGCUACUUCAACUCAAGGACCAGCCCUUGCACACAAGUUGCCGCUCGCCAUGCAGACCGUCGUCUUUCGGGCGACGUGCGUCGGACGGCUGCGCGCACGUGCCGCGUGGCUCCGAGCGCGCCUGCUGCCGCUCCGCGCCCGCGCACCACGUGUCAGACAGCGGGACCCCUGCGCGGGCGGAUGACCCAGAACAGACUGAGGAACAGACCACCGACUCCGUUUACAAUACUAAUUUGUGCAGGUACAUGCUAAACCGUGGCAGCAGUAAACGACACACGAUGGCCACACCUGAAGAUGCUGCCAAUGUUGCCACGUCCAAUGCUUGCACCGGACCCAUGCAAAGCACCUCUCCCGCUUCAACGGCCAACAUCAGAGUGAGAAGGACUGGUCUUCUGACAGUAACAGAAAGGCCUCCAGUUAUAAGCCCAGAGCUGGUUAUGGAAGUUGAGGCACGAAUGAAGAGGAACUAUUUGCCUCCAUCGAUACAGGGAGGGUACCAGUACCAAAACCAAUCUGGGUACCAAAGUCCACCCACACCCACUGGCACGAACCCACCACAAAAUGUAUUACAGAGUCCGAAUCAAGGCUCAAUUACGGCCGGUACUCCAAAUUACACAAACCAAACUCAGAAUAAUCAGAAAAUGAAACCUUCCCUGGAAACGAUACCACAGGGGAGCAUAAUGUGUAGGAAAGGAUCUAUAGUGUCCGGAACACCGGUGUCCAAUCAAGCAGUCUCUCCCUACACUCCCCCUGCCGGGCCAUUCUCCCCCAAUCACGGCUCACUUGCCCAAAGCUCCCAGGGCUCUAUAAUGAGUGGAACCCCUAUUUCAAAUUCAAACUAUGACACAAACAAAUUCAGUUCAGAUUACAGUUUUAUGAACACCGCCACAAAUUUCUCUAAUAUUAACCCACCUUCUAAUUUCACGAGUAAUGUAAACAACCCUAACUUCAAUAACACCACUAACUUCGGAUCUAUAACGAGCGUAACUCCAAUUGCAAACUUCCAAAAUCAAAGUGUCCCGGGUUCAAUAACAAGUGGCACCCCAAUUAGCAAUUUCCAAAGCCAAAAUGUCCCGGGAUCCAUAACGAGUGGGACUCCAGUCAAUACUUUCCAAUCUCAAAACAUUGCGGGCUCAAUAACAAGUGGGGCACCGAUCAGCAACUACCAAAGCCAAAGCAUGGGUUCGAUAAGUGGAUCUGGGUCUGGGAUAUCUGGUCCGAUGAGUGGUUCCGGUGCGUCCGGGUCUGUGAGCGGCUCGCGAGCACGCGGAGCGCUACUCGCCGGUGCGGCGCGCCGAGAGCUCGCCGCCGCGCGCCGCGCACGACCUGGCCUCUGCGCGCCUCGAGUACCAGCAGCUGCAGGUCAGUGGCACAUUGAGAUGUGGCUGGUGCGUGGUGUGUGGUGCAGCUCGCGAGCAUGCGGAGCGCUACUCGCCGGUGCGGCGCGCCGAGAGCGCGCCGCGCACGACCUGGCCUCUGCGCGCCUCGAGUACCAGCAGCUGCAGGUCAGUGGCACAUUGAGAUAUGGCCGGUGCGUGGUGUGUGGUGCAGCUCGCGAGCACGCGGAGCGCUACUCGCCGGUGCGGCGCGCCGAGAGCUCGCCGCCGCGCGCCGCGUACGGCCUGGCCUCUGCGCGCCUCGAGUACCAGCAGAUGCAGGUCAGUGGCACAUUGAGAUGUGGCCGGUGCGUGGUGUGUGGUGCAGCUCGCGAGCACGCGGAGCGCUACUCACCGGUGCGGCGCGCCGAGAGCUCGCCGCCGCGCACCGCGCAUGACCUGGCCUCUGCGCGCCUCGAGUACCAGCAGCUGCAGGUAAGUGGCACAUUGAGAUGUGGCCGGUGCGUGGUGUGUGGUGCAGCUCGCGAGCACGCGGAGCGCUACUCGCCGGUGCGGCGCGCCGAGAGCUCGCUGCCGCGCGCCGCGCACGACCUGGCCUCUGCGCGCCUCGAGUACCAGCAGCUACAAGUUAGUGGCACAUUGAGAUGUGGCCGGUGCGUGGUGUGUGGUGCAGCUCGCGAGCUCGCGAGCACGCGUAGUGCUACUCGCCGGUGCGGCGCGCCGAGAGCUCGCCGCCGCGCGCCUGCACGACCUGGCCUCUGCGCGCCUCGAGUACCAGCAGCUGCAGCUCGCGAGCACGCGGAGCGGUACUCGCCGGUGCGGCGAGCCGAGAGCUCGCCGCCGCGCGCCGCGCACGACCUGGCCUCUGCGCGCCUCGAGUACCAGCAGCUGCAGGUUAGUUGCACAUUGAGAUGUGGCCGGUGCGUGGUGUGUGGUGCAGCUCGCGAGCACGCGGAGCGCUACUUUGCCGGUGCCGCGCGCCGGGAGUCGCCGCCGCGUGCCGCGCACGACCUGGCCUCUGCGCGCCUCGAGUACCAGCAGCUGCAGGUUAGUGGCACAUUGAGAUGUGGCCGGUGCGUGGUAUGUGGUGCAGCUCGCGAGCACGCGCAGAGCUACUCGCCGGUGUGGCGCGCCGAGAGCUCGCCGCCGCGGGCCGCGCACGACCUGGCCUCUGCGCACCUCGACUCGCGAGCUCGCGAGCACGCGGAGCGCUACUCGCCGGUGCGGCGCGCCGAGAGCUCGCCGCCGCGCGCCGCGCACGACCAGGCUUCUGCGCGCCUCGAGUACCAGCAGCUGCAGGUUAGUGGCACAUUGAGAUGUGGCCGGUGCGUGGUAUGUGGUGCAGCUCGCGAGCACGCGCAGAGCUACUCGCCGGUGUGGCGCGCCGAGAGCUCGCCGCCGCGCGCCGCGCACGACCUGGCCUCUGCGCACCUCGAGUACCAGCAGCUGCAGGUUAGUGGCACAUUUAGAUGUGACCGGUGCGUGGUGUGUGGUUCAGCUCGCGAGCACGCGGAGCGCUACUCGCCGGUGCGGCGAGCCGAGAGCACGCCGCCGCGCGCCGCACACGACCUGGCCUCUGCGCGCCUCGAGUACCAGCAGCUGCAGGUUAGUUGCACAUUGAGAUGUGGCCGUUGCGUGGUGUAUGGUGCAGCUCGCGAGCACGCGGAGCGCUACUCGCCGGGGCGGCGAGACGAGAGCACGCCGCCGCGCGCCGCACACGACCUGGCCUCUGCGCGCCUCGACUACCAGCAGCUGCAGGUUGGUUGCACAUUGAGAUGUGGCCGGUUCGUGGUGUGUGGUGCAGCUCGCGAGUACGCGGAGCGCUACUGGCCGGCGCGGCGAGCCGAGAGCACGCCGCCGCGCGCCGCACACGACCUGGCCUCUGCGCGCCUCGAGUACCAGCAGCUGCAGCGUGGUCUGGAGCGGCGGAGUGCCGGCAGCGGAGCGCCGGGCGCUUCGCCCCCGCGUCCCGACAGCCGCCUGCACACACCUACCACCUCUAUGCCCGGUUCCCCGCGGCAUUGCGGCGCGCCCCCACCGCUGGAGCUGAGCGCUUUAUCAGUGGAGGCUGCGCGCGCCAUACUGUGCGCAGCGAGAGCUCUACCCGACGCUGCAGCUGCUGAACUUCCGCGGACCCUACUACUCACACAGGACUUGGCACUAAAGAUGGGUAUCAACUUACACAACUUGUGUUCGCCGCACGUGAAUAUAUCUCAAGAGAUCGUGAAGGCGCUCCACGCCCACGGCUUCGCCCUUCUCUCCGGACACGCGUCUCCAGUCAGCCCAGGGUCCCCAUUGCAUCAAAUCACCGAAGGCCUCAGCUACCUUCACACCGGAUCCAUAACGAGAGGCACUCCACAACCCAAUUCGACCCCUCUCGAUCUCAGGAGCAACGUCGACAUGGACACAGGUCAAUAUCCCCAACUCCAUCCCAUGGUCCAUCCUCAAUUACAUAUGGUCACCCAUCGAUCACUUAAUAACUCUCCUAUCUCCAACCCAGGUUCUCCCCUAGAUAUGAUACAGGAGGAAAUCGGAAAUGGAAGCCAUAAUGGUGACAGCAAACUCUUCGCUCAGGGGGUGAGAAAUGUCCAGUUCCCAAGUUAUGUCUCCAGUCAUCCUCAAAUAAGUUUAACGGAUUGCCUGGGGUCGGAAAUCACUUUGGUUGCCUCUUCCUCUGAAGAUAGUGUCGAUAGUUUGGAGAAUGCCAAGUAUUCCUUGCCACAGUUUGUCAUAUCGGAGCCUUCUGAUUUGGACGACAGACCGUCCAUAACCAAAGGCAUCGGCAGGAAAGUCAGUCAAGAGAACGAGCCGCCGCCUCCUAUAGAAGUACCCAAAGACUUGGAUCUACACUUGGAUAAGGAUACCGAAAUGCAGUCGCCUAAAGAGAGUGUAGAUGAAACCAGCAAGUUCCUGACCGAAGACCUGACGUACCUGAGACGUGGGAGUGACAAGUCCUUGGGAUUCAGCGAUGACUCUCUCAGCAAUGACUCGGCGAACGUAUCUCCGAAUUGUGAACAGAACAUUCAGUCGAUUUACUCCAACAUCAUUUCUGUGAGCUCGGGCUUCAGUGAAAAUCGAGGCAGUUUUUCAGAACACAGGGAGUCCUUCUCGUUCUCCGAUAGAGGAAGUUUCUCGGAACGAGGCGAUUUCGGUAGAUCCUCGUUUUCUGAGAGAAGUGACUUUGGACGUGGAAGUUUCUCGGAGAAAGGCGAAACGCCAAGAUCCUCCUUCUCGGCUCAGGGAGUCCUCGGAGAAGUCAAGGAAUAUUACGAGGACGCGUACAUGCCACGUGAUAGUAAAUACGGCUUAGAUAAGUCUGAUAUGGAGCAACCGAGACAGGAGGAGAUAGAAAAGCUGCAACGUUCCACUCUGGACCUUCGUUUGACUGAUAUCUGCAGACCUGAGGAGCAGAAGAUACCCAUUUUGCUUAGUCCACAGAAGGUCUCCUGCUUCCAAGAGUAUUAUGAAGUGGCUUUGUCCACGGUUUGUUCCCAACUUGACUCGCAGAGGAUAGUGGAGCUGUUGAAGGAAACUAUCAACACCAGAGUUCCACCGCAGAACAUAUUCGUUGAGACGGGCGAUCAGAAGGAGAAGCAUGAUGAUUCCGAGGCGUUAACUGGCUUCCUCAAUUUAGAAUAUUCCGGCGGAAUCCAGAUAGAACUAAUCGUGUGCGAGAAUAAAGCCAAGGAGAAGAAAGGUUUGAAAAUGAGACGGAUCUCGGGAGAUCAGAGGGAGUACGGGAAACUGUGCCAGCAACUUAUCACCAGCUUGACUGUCUAA